AAUGCUUACGACCGGAGCCCCAGCAACCAGCAGAGCAGCCCCAAACAUAUCAGCCACAGUUUGCCACCCCGUGGGCCUUCCAGAGAAGAUGACUCUUCCCGUCAUCGGCCACGACAACUGGAGGCCCACCUGGCUAUCAAUGGCACCGCCAACCGGCAAAGCAAGUCUGAGUCAGAUUUCUCUGAUGGCGACAAUGACAGCCUCCACAGCACAUCCAACUCCAAUGAUACCAUCAACUGCAGCUCUGAAUCCUCGUCCAGAGACAGUCUGAGGGAGCAGACGCUCAGCAAGCAGACCUACCACAAAGAGACUCGCAACAGCUACUCACCUGCUUUCAGCAAUGACAUCAUCCGCAAGAGGCACUACCGCAUUGGCCUAAACCUCUUCAACAAGAAACCAGAAAAAGGCAUCCAGUAUCUGAUAGAGCGUAACUUUGUUCCAGACACUCCAGUGGGUGUAGCCCACUUCCUGCUUCAGAGGAAAGGCUUGAGUAGGCAAAUGAUUGGCGAGUCUGGUAACAGACAGAAACAGUUCAACCGAGAUGUCCUUGACUGUGUGGUGGAUGAAAUGGACUUCUCAAGUAUGGAGCUGGACGAAGCACUCAGGAAAUUCCAGGCUCACAUCAGAGUCCAGGGAGAAGCACAGAAAGUUGAACGGCUGAUAGAGGCCUACAGCCAACGCUACUGCAUCUGCAACCCUGGUGUGGUGCGACAAUUCAGGAACCCUGACACCAUUUUCAUCCUGGCCUUUGCCAUCAUCCUUCUCAACACAGAUAUGUACAGCCCCAACGUCAAGCCUGAGAGGAAGAUGAAGCUGGACGACUUUGUUAAGAACCUUCGAGGAGUGGAUGAUGGGGAGGACAUCCCCCGAGAGAUGCUGGUGGGGAUAUAUGAGCGGAUUCGAAAGCGAGAGCUCAAGACUAAUGAAGACCAUGUAUCCCAGGUUCAAAAAGUGGAAAAGCUCAUUGUUGGAAAAAAGCCAAUUGGCUCUUUGCACCAUGGUCUGGGCUGUGUACUAUCCCUACCCCACCGGAGACUGGUCUGUUACUGCAGACUUUUUGAAGUGCCCGACCCCAACAAACCACAAAAGUUGGGCCUGCACCAAAGGGAGAUCUUCCUCUUCAAUGACCUGCUAGUGGUUACUAAAAUUUUCCAGAAGAAGAAGAACUCAGUGACGUACAGCUUUCGACAGUCUUUCUCACUUUAUGGCAUGCAAGUGCUACUCUUUGAAAAUCAGUAUUAUCCCAAUGGAGUUCGCCUGACCUCAGCUAUUCCUGGAGCUGACAUCAAAGUGCUCAUCAACUUCAAUGCACCCAAUCCUCAGGACCGCAAAAAAUUUACUGAUGACUUGCGAGAAUCAAUCGCCGAAGUCCAAGAGAUGGAGAAGUAUCGGAUAGAAUCUGAGCUAGAAAAACAGAAAGGGGUGGUGAGGCCCAGCAUGUCCCAGAGUUCUGGGUUAAAGAAGGAAACAGGAAACGGCAACCUGAGCCGAGCGAGCCUCGAUGACAGCUAUGCCAUUGGCGAAGGUUUGAAGAGGAGCGCCCUCAGCAGCUCCCUACGUGACCUCUCAGAUGCAGGCAAGCGUGGGAGACGCAGCAGUGCAGGAUCACUAGACAGCAAUAUGGAAGUAAGUAGGACAUAACUGAUGUCGAGCUGUCCUCUAACUUAAUGUUGUUCAUUCACACACGUGUUUGCAAUAUUUUUCCUUGUACUUUUGAGUUUUCUUUUCUGCUUUAGUGGUGUUUUUGUUGUGAGCACCUUGGACACUAUGCAUGCACUGGGAUGAACAGGAAUGAUCUGCUGUGGCUGACAAGUUAACCCUUCUUGUACACAGCAUGGCAUGACUAAUAAUUGUCCUAACUGUCAUUAGGGCUGCUCUGUGUUGAUGUUAGACUCUCACCUUUGAGUCAUCCUCUCCUGUUUAGUGGGUUAGAUUUUUUGUAAUUUUCUGAAUUUUGUCCUUUUUCUGUUCACUCAAAGUAAACCUUGCUGUGCUUUGUCAGUUCCAACUACUGCAUGCUCACAGUUUGGAGUGACCAACUGCAACUGCUUCUUCUUAUUGACCCCUGACCUUGACAAAAGUCCCUCACUUUUCCUUUUAAAUUGGACUGCAAUGAAAAAAAUCUAAGCGUGGAGGCACCAGAACAUGUUGAACAAUCUGUGUGACCAUGGCCAUUGGUAUGUGGCUAACUGAAUUAACUUGAUUUAAUUGUUGAUAAUGCUAUAUUUUUCAUACUGUCAACAAAUUUCCACUAAAAGACUAAAACCAACAGUAUGUUAGUUCAUCUCUUAAUACUUUCUACAUUGUCUGUGGUGCUCAGCAUGAAGCCCAUUAGUUCCAGCUGAAGAUAUAAAUAAUGAAAAAACAGGUAACAUUUUUUUAAAUGUAGUCUUCGUUACGUGACAUAGCUGGGCAGCUGAGUUUAAUUAAGCUACCUUAAGGUCUGGAUUAGUCAUCAGUAUUCAAUAUAAGUAACUCAAUGUUUAUGCCAACAGAACCCACACAGAGUGCAAAGAUUAAUAACCUGCAUUCCAUUUGUUUUGGGUUCUUAUUUAACUUUUCACUGUUCCUCUUGCAGCACUACUAGAACUUUUGCUUGCUGCUGGUGCUAUGAAAAGUUACAUGAAGAUUACUG